AUGAUACGUCGCGCAGAGAUUUCUACAUCAGAUGGGUAUUAUUUCACCAACCAGUUCCAAAACCGGGACGCUUUCGUCGGCUACGAGACUAUUGGUCAAGAAGUGGUCCAGCAGUUUCCUGAGAAUGAUGCGUUUUGUGGUGCUGUUGGAACGACAGGGUUGGUCAUGGAGGUUGCGCGAGUUCUGAAGGCGAAGCGGCCGGAGACCCAUAUUUCGGUUUUGGAGCCGGCAUCUUCGCCUACGAUUACCCAAGGUCGUUCUGGGACUCAUCAUGUUGAGGGGAUUUGGGAUCGGGAUUAUCCCGCCUCUUCUCGAUCGGCAGCUCUAGGAUGA